AUUUUCAGAGAAUAAAACACGUUUCCGCGUCUCUGGGCCAAUUUAUUCAGUGCAAAUCGCAGCCGAGAGGCAGCGCGUUCUGCAGAGAUGCGCGGCUGAGCACGGAGCGCUCCGGUGACUAAUUCCCCAUCAGGAACCGCACAAGUUGGACCAGGCGACGAGUCCGARGCUGUUUUUCUUUAUCCCCCCACCCCACCCCAUCUCCUUUUUGCUUUCUUCCUGUCUUUAUUUCCAUGUAGCCCAGUGCCGCAGCGGGGAGAUAAUCGGGCAGAGGGAGCAGUAACAGAGAGCAGACAGGAGGAGGGAGGGAGAGCGCAUGAUCACUCAGCCCCACAUCCAGGCACCCAUCAACUGGAGCAUUCAUAAUUGCGGUGGCGUCCACAUAUGGGAAUACAGCGAGGCGAGACCGUGAGCAAACCUGGUUCUGGUUCUGGAGGACACAAGCGGACCCGUGCGGAUAAAACACACGUAGAGGAGGAGCGGCCAGAAUCUGAUGGACUUCUGUUUGCAUCGAGAAGCCGAACACCAUCCAUCGGUAGGGAGCAGUUCUGGAGUCAGAAGUGACAACUAAUCCCCAUCAAAGCUGAAAACUCGGAUGAAAGUGUUGGCUCUAUAAAAAGUGAGAGCGCACUCCUACYCGCCGCCAUCCGCCUCAGCUUCCGGAGAGUUUACGGACGAAAUGUUGACGAGAGCCUGAGAGGACACCGGGUUUGGACUUUGAAGGAGACUUGUUGGGAAGAAUAGAGCAGAUGGUUUGGCACCACCUCCUUCCCUGUCAGCCCCACUUCAAAAAGGUGGAGGUCACAGGAUUCCAGCUCUGUGCAGCAAUUUAAUGAUAAAACCAUUCUUUGGGAAAAAAGACAAAUAAUCAUGUCCCUGACAAUGGCACCUGCAUGCAUACCUAAACUGUGGGCCUGGCUCUUCAUGGUYUUUCUGUGCCUAACAGGAUAUAAUGGCAUGCUUCAGUUUGCUGCAGCCACGAUACAAGGAUACAUUGAAGACACUGACAUGACGUGCCCAUCAGUAUGCAGGUGCGAUGAAGACUUUAUCUACUGCAAUGAUCGUGGACUGAGCUCGAUCCCAUCACUGCCUCCUUCGGCAUCUGUUCUCUACCUUCAGAACAACCACAUAAACAACCCAGGCCUUCCCACGUCCUUGGAGCGGCACCUUUCCGUCCGUGUUGUCUACCUCUAUGAUAAUGAACUGGAUGAAUUCCCCAUGCACUUGCCACCAUCCGUGCGUGAGCUGCAUUUGCAGGACAACAACAUCCGCACCAUUCCUCGUAGCACUCUGGCACGGAUGCCCUUGUUAGAAAAGCUCCAUUUGGACGACAACUCAAUUUCCACUGUCUCCAUUGAGGAUCAGGCUUUUGCGGACAACCCACGGCUCCGUUUGCUUUUUUUGUCACGCAACCAUUUGUCUAGUAUUCCCUCAGGCCUACCUGCCUCUCUGGAAGAACUUCGACUAGAUGAUAACCGUAUCUCUACUAUCCCAACCCAUGCCUUCCGUGGCCUCAGCUCACUUAGAUGUCUUGUUUUAGAUGGAAACCUUUUGGCAAACCAGCGCAUAGCAGACGACACAUUCUCCCGCCUUUCUAACCUGACUGAGUUGUCCUUGGUGCGCAACUCCCUCCAAACCCCUCCUGUCAACCUGCCCAGUGCUCAUUUACAGAGACUGUCUCUACAGGAUAAUGCCCUGACACAUAUGCCACGUGGAUCUUUAGAUGGGAUGCACCGACUGCAGAGGUUGGACCUGUCAGGAAAUAACCUGACAACACUACCAAGAGGACUCUUCAAAGACCUUGACAACCUUGGCCAGCUGCUGGUGCGUGGAAAUCCUUGGCACUGUGGCUGCAACUUGCGAUGGCUGUAUGACUGGCUGCGCAUUCGUGGUAACUCCAUCACGGUUAGAGGGCUCAUUUGCCAUGGGCCUGACCGUGUGCGAGACUUAGCUUUGAUUGACUUAACCAGUGAGAUGGAAGAAUGUGAGGUUUUAAGAAUAGCAGGGACUAAAGACAAAGGAGCUGUAGGUGGAGUUGAGAGCUCUACGACCAAUGCACCUCCACAGGGUUCUCUCUUUACCCUUCGCUCAAAGAGACCUGGUCUAGGGCUUCCCGACUCUGCCUUAGACUACACACUUAGCAGCAGCGGUGUGGGCAAAAGCUUAGCUCUAAAUGUAAAACCUUUGUCUCAUAACAGCGUGCGUGUUACUUGGAGUGUGGCUCAGCCAAGUUCCUCUUUUAGACUGAGUUGGCUCCGGCUUGGUACUGGGAACGCCAUGGGAUCAAUCACAGAGACCCUUGUUCGGGGUGAUCGUCGAGAAUAUUUGCUCACCUCCCUGCAACCCCGCUCUAGCUACAUUAUCUGCAUGGUGCCACUACCUGCCAGCUCAGAAAGCAAAGUCACAAUUUCUGGAGAUGCUGACUCGGAUGAAGCUGUAGUCUGUGCAAAAGCUGAAACAUCAGACCUCAGUCCACUGGAAGAGGAGGACCAAGACUCACGGCAGAUAACAACCCUACCCCUUGCAGGGAUUAUUGGUGGAGCUACCGCAACUGUUUCUCUGGCUCUUAUUUUUGGUGUCUUUUGUUGGUACGCACAUAGAACUGGCCAUUUAUGUUCCCGUGACCACUAUACUCGGAGUAAUUCAAGAAAAAAUAAAAAUUAUGACGAUUACAUUGAGUCUGGCACCAAGAAGGAUAAUACCAUUCUUGAGAUCCGUGGCCCAGGCUUCCAGAUGACUCCUAUGCCGGCAUGUCAGCCAGUACAGCCAAAACCAUUACGAGAGGAUUACAUCAUUCAUACAAUAUUUCCCUCCAAUGGCACUGGCAUAUACAAAGGAUCCAACCAUGUUUCCAAUGCUGGACAUGUCACCAACCGUGGCUACAGAGAAGGAGGAAUCCCAGAUAUAGACUACUGUUACACAUGAUGUAUUGUACCAGAUGCUGUUCGUAGUGUAAUUGGUAAACUGUAUAGAUGCACAAAUUCCCUUGGCAUGGACACUUCUGAAGCACCCCUCUGUGCCUUCUUCUUCUGGUCUCCCAUUCCAAAUGACCUACUGUUCAUUACACUGAAAGUACUGGAUGUGAAACUGAAACUGUGAGAACAGUUCACUGCAGGAGGCAUCAGCCAAUGCCCCAGGUGUAAAUGCACAGCAGAGUGUUUCUUCACCAUCUUAGUAAUGGCCUGUGUAUGAUUUCCUUUUUGCUCUUUCCCUGUGACAUGUAAGAAUGUAUCCUUUGUGGAAAGGUCAAACUUAGCGUGGGCGCAGGUAGAGUUCUUCUUUCACACACAGGAACCACAGCAGUUUGUUCAAAAUGGAUUUAUUAAGGAUGAGAAACAGACGUUUUCGGCACUGUUUUCCUUCCCACCGCUCACACACAGUAUGUUGUCUUAUUGACUCAUUGUUCCAAAUGCCUCAACUAUAUUGAUGUGCCCUACCAGCUAUCCAAGGAAAGGGCUUUGUAAAGCUGUGAAUUGUUCUAUUUCAAARGACCCAGUAACCACUUGUCUUAAAGUAAGUUUGUUUUGUCCUAAUUCAUCAGACGGCAGGAUUGAGCUCUUCUGAAGGCUGGUCAGUAGUGGUGAUACCUCUUCAGAUUGUUCUCCUAGAAUCAGUAUUACAUUAGGUUUUUGUUUGUUUGUUUUGUUUUGUUUUUUUUUUUUGUUUUUGCAGCAAACUUGUGUUCAUUUUUAACUUUGCUAUUGAACUGGGCUGUGUUUUGAAAAAUGCUUAGCUAUUUUUUUUUCAAUGGUUUGUUAAAUAAUGAAAUUCUGCACUGCUAUCUUUGUUUUAUUUGCCCUUUAUGGGAUGGGUUUUAUUUCUGCUUAAACUGAUUUGAAAAAAAAUGUGGACCCUCUUUUUUUUCUUUAGCCAUGAAACCCGGUGUUUGCUUGACAUUGUGGUAUUGUUUUAUCAAAUAACAACUGAAAAAAAGCAUUUUGAAUACUUCUUUGUUACACGKAUUGGAGUGAGUUCUGAAGUGAGACUAUUUGUACUACUUUGCAAUUUUCAAAUUGGCAGCAUCCAAAGACAAGCAUGUCCCACUGAUACAUUAAGCCAACCUCACCCACUUUUUUUUUCCUUUGUUGUGUCUAUGUGUUUCACAUGUGAGUUCAGUUGUUGACUUUUUUGUUGUUGUUGUUGUUGUAAAGCGUCUCCCUGAACUUUUGACAGAUUGGACAAAACCACUAAAGCGGAGCCUCCUACUGGAGGAUAACUCUUGUGUGUGACCUAGAAGAUGAGGCCAAGAACUGUGAGUGCAUUUGAGGAGACUCAAACCACAACACUGUUGACCUACACUGUGGGGCGGCAGCCAAGCUGAGUGGGCGGAUGGUGGGAGAGGAGAGUUGGGAUGGGAGGUGACUCAUCAGUGAUUGGUGUUCAUUGAUGUUUGUUUUAGCAACAGAAAAGGCCCCUGCUCAUUCCACCUCUUUUAUUACUGAGCAGCACUAAAAAUGUAAAUGUAUUAGCACUUAGCAGGGAAGAGGAAUAAAUGUAAUGACAGGGACGGGGAAUCAGAGGGUAAAGACACAUCCCCCUGUUCCAACAAAGACCCAGGAUUGAUGGCUCCUGCGUUGUUCAGUUCAACAAUGCAUAAAUCUGUUUGUCAUAUCUGGAUCCUACCCCUGGGUUUAAUAUUCUCCAUCAGUUGUUUAUCACUGUGUUGCUUCCAAAGGGGAAACCAAUUGUGCUUCCUUGACUGUUCUGUCCGGCAGAGUUUUACACUAGUGUCAGACAAUAUGUCAGUGGAAUGUAUAAUUUUACCUUGCACCCAUAAUUAUUGGCUUAAACAAAUUCUACUGGCCUGGCAAAUUCUGUUUUGGGGGGAAUAUUAGUAUAGUGUAAUUGUUAUUUUACAGUGUAUCUAAUAAAGAUGCAAACUUCUUCUUCAUUUGUAUAAAUAAAACCAUGGCCACAGCCACAUGAAUAUAUAUUUUUUUCUGGUGAGCUAAUAAAAGAAGAAUGGUGCCAUAAGUUUGCGUUGAAAAAGAAAAUGUAAACCUGAGCUAUGUGUUUAAUUUGCUUUAUAAAGUCAUCUUCAGAGGGGAUCAAUAAAAGUUUUAUAAUCUUGUUACAACUGA